AUGCCCCCGCAGCCCUCAGCCUCCCUUCGUAUUCUCCUCCUCUUCCUCCUCCCCAGCAUCUCAGGGGAGCCCCGUCCCCCACCCGUACCACUGCCCCCAUUUUUAGCCCCAGAGUGGGACCUCCUAUCCCCUCGAGUUGCCCUCUCCCGGGGCGCUCCUGCGGGACCCCCACUCCUCUUCCUAUUGGAGGCCGGGGCAUUUGGGGAACCCUUGAGCACUCCGGCCAACCGCAGUCGCCGUGGGGUGAGCGAGACAGCGCCGGCCAGUCGCCGGGGCGAGUUAGCGGUGUGCGAUGCAGUCAGCGGAUGGGUGACCGACCGCCGGACUGCUGUGGACCUACGUGGGCGCGAGGUGGAAGUCCUGGGCGAGGUGCCUGCGGCCGGGGGCGGCCCGCUGCGCCAGUACUUCUUUGAGACUCGUUGUAAGGCUGACAGUGCUGGGGAAGGCAGCCCCGGCGGGGGUGGAGCGGGCUGCCGGGGCGUGGACCGGCGACACUGGGUGUCCGAGUGUAAGGCCAAGCAGUCCUAUGUGCGGGCGCUCACCGCUGAUGCCCAGGGCCGCGUGGGCUGGCGAUGGAUUCGAAUCGACACUGCCUGCGUCUGCACCCUCCUUAGCCGCACUGGCCGGGCCUGA